AUGCUGCUGCUCUUGGAAACCCCGGCGGGGUAUGCGUUGUUCUCCCUUAAGAACAAGAAGCUUCUGAAGGCAGACCCUGAGUCCAUAUACGACUCCUUCAAGACCAGCGCGGACGCACAGCGGCAGGUCAGUCUCACGGCUUUCCACAAGUUCGAGGACACGAAAGCGGCAAUGGAGGCGUGCACCGAGCUGACGGAGGGCACUGUCGGGAAAGGCCUCAAAAAGUUCCUGAAAAAGAGCAUUGUUGAUGCAGGGCUCACAGAGAACCUCGCGGUCUUGGACAAAUCGCUCGGCGUCAACAUCAACAAGAAGCUCGGUUUGGAGGUGAGCGUUCUCAGCGAGAACUUGAAGGAGAUCAUGCGCGGCGUGCGGUUGCACUUGACUGAGCUGAUCGAGGGCCUCGAUGAGCAGGAGGUGAAGGCAAUGUCUCUUGGCUUAGCCCACACGCUGUCCCGUUUCAAGCUGAAGUUCUCGCCGGACAAAGUUGACACCAUGAUCAUCCAGGCUGUCGGCUUGCUGGACGACCUAGAUAAGGAGUUGAAUAACUUUGCCAUGCGACUCCGCGAGUGGUACGGGUGGCACUUUCCAGAGAUGGGGAAGAUCGUAACCGAAAACCUCGCUUACGCGAAGGUGGUGCGUUUGAUGGGCCUGAAAACUCGGGCGAAGGACACGGACCUGUCUGAGAUCGGAGUCCCCGAUGAGAUUGCCGCGGAGGUGAGAUCUGCGGCAGAGACUUCCAUGGCAGACGUGGAAGCAGUUCACCUUGCCCCACCCGGCGAUUCGGAGCAAGGCCCUGCUGAGGACUCGAUGUCGGCGUGGUGGUCCCGCCACCGACAGUGCAUGCAGAUCCUCGUGCGACAAGAAUGUGGUCGAGAGCGCUGUGAAGAGCAGCUCGAGGAACUGAAAGAAAAGCUGCGCGAGGAGACUAAGCGCAGGAUCGAAGCGGAGGCCAAAGUAACACGCCUCCUGGACAUAAUCCACUCCAUCACGCAAGGGACGAGGGUGGAGGAGUUGGAUUUGGUGGUCGCCAAUCUCUCAGUCAAGUGUCACGUAUUGGCGGAGAAUGCAAAGAAGCACGAUGAAGAAAUGCGUGCGAUUGUGGAGGAGAAGAACGAGUUGAAGCGCAGUUACGAAAAGCUCCUGAAUCACAACAAGCGCUUGCAAAAGGAGAGCACGAGCUGGAAAGAGAAGUGUGACAACUACUACGGGCAGCUGGAGAAACUGCACCUGGAGCGCCUGCGAGAGGGCCUUCAAGAAAUGCUCCGGCUCCAAGGAAUGGAAGACGAGGAAUUCCUGCAGGAGUCGCUGCAGGAGACUGCAGCCGGCUCCUCCCGAGCAGAGGAAUGCGCCAUGCUGUCCUUCAAGGAAGGCUCGGACUCAGUGCCUAUGCCACUGAAUUAUCUUCCGGAGCAUCGAAUGGAAGACGAGGAGUCGCUGCAGGAGACUGCAGUCGGUUCUUCCCGACAAGAGGCCGCAGAGGAGAGCUCGGUGCUGUCAAGUGAAGAAGUACCGCACACUAUGGAUCAGGCUUGUGCCAUGUUGUCCUUGAAGGAAGAGCCUGACUCAGUGCCUACGCCACUGAACCUCGGCAGAAUCAUCUUCCGGAGCAUCUUGAUCCAGCAAUGCACACAGGAGUGGUUUGCAGCUGAGGACUGCGCGCUGGUUGGCUCCACGGCAGAGCAGGCACGAUGUGAGAAGGUGAGGUGCAACCUGAACGAAGGCGUAGGAUCUCGUGGAGACCUCAUAAAGCAUCAGAGAUAUCUGCUGCAGAGGCCUUUCAUGACCAGUUAUGACCACCACCCGUACGAUCGUAAAGUCGAUGUCAGCACAAAGACUCAGGUUUUGGAUUUCGUGAGCGGUAACAUCAAGACCCUCAGUGAGCGUGUGAUCGAGCUCACGGAGUACCGAGCUUCGCUGUCCGAGUACCUUAAGCUGCGGAUGAACGCCAUCGCUCCGAAUCUGACCUACAUGGUCGGGGAGCUCGUUGGCGCACGGCUCAUCUCCCAAGCCGGGUCGUUGAUGAGCUUGGCCAAACAUCCAUCCAGCACGGUGCAGAUUCUUGGUGCUGAGAAGGCGCUUUUCAGGGCUUUGAAGACCAAGAAAAGCACGCCGAAGUACGGGUUGAUCUACCACGCCUCUUUGGUGGGCCAGUCCGCCCCGGCUUUGAAGGGCAAAAUCUCCCGGGUCUUGGCCGCCAAGCUUUCGCUUUGCUGCCGCGUCGACGCUCUCGGAGACCAGGUGGAGCCGACCCUCGGGCAGGAGUUUAAAGAGUACGUGGAGAAGCGCCUGGCUACACUGGAGGAGGGUGGCAUGAAGUCCCAGACCAAGGGCAUCAGCAGGCCCAAUGUCGGCAAGCACCAGAAGAGGCCCGCGGUGAAGGGCAGCGCCACGGCCUACAGCGCGGAGGACGAUGUGGUUGAGGAGGCACCCAAGAGGAAGAAGAAGGUGGCAGAGGAUGAAGAAGCCGAGCCGGCUCCGAAGAAGAAAAAGAAGAAGGCGGCCGACGCCGAAGAGGCAGAGGCCGAGGAGGAAGAGGAGGCACCCAAGAAGAAGAAGAAGAAGAGAGCAGCCUGA